AUGAGUAAUAAUGAGGGGGACUCAGUUGCGAUGCCAUCUUCGUCGUCUAAUGCAGAGUUCUACGAGAAUGGUUCGACCGGAUCUCGAGCUGCCAAUGUGGAAUGGGUAGAAAUCGUCGAACCUCAAUCACGGCAAACAAUGUACGCCAAUCUUGUAACCGGGCAGUGUGCAUGGGAACCACCACUUGGAGCCAAUGUGUAAGUAUUCCGCACUUGACUUUCUCAUUCGUCUUCCCAUCAUCAAUAAAAUUUUUUAGAAAAACGACACAUCAAAAUCAGUGGUGGGAGCUGUUUGAUUCGAAAACCGGAAGGUAUUAUUACUACAAUGCCUCGUCUAGCGUGACAAAAUGGCAAAAACCGACUGGAGUCGACAUUGAUAUAAUUCCCCUAGCGAAGUUACAAACUCUGAAAGAGAAUACUGAAGGAGCAGCAGCCAAAGUACUCCAAUUUCAGUUUUUUCGACAUGCCUCAUUAUUAGAAUUUAAGAUUCGCAGAACAUGUGAAACCCAAACAUCGCCUUCUGUUCGAAGAGUUACAAACAAAGUGACAGGUCCUGUUUUCGCACAAAACAUUUCGCCUGAUGCAGGAGUCGUAUCUUUCCGAAGUAACAGUCGAAACUCUCAAAAUACUCUAAACGGAAUGCAGAGUUCUUUUGAGGUGAGUGUAUUUUCCCAUUUUAGCUAGCAUAAUUCAUUGCACAUCCUGUUUUUGCAGUGGAUGUCGGUUGACGAAGACAGCGCACUCAGUGAAAGGGGCGCCAGUGAAUACGGGGCUAAUCCUGCUUCGAAGAAUGGACCACCAUAUGGUGCCUUCCCGACUGCUGCCAGUGCAUCUUCAACAUUAUCGCAUGCACCAUCUUCCGACUCAAUUCCCGCACGUUCCUCUAGGUCCGCAUCGCCUCCGCCUCCUGGAAGACGAUCACUAUUCUCCUCGGUCACUUCAACAAAGGGCAAGAACAAGAAUGGUUGGUCGAAAGAACCACCUAAAACAUCACUGACACAACCCGAAAAUAAACAGUUACGCAAAGAGACCGCAGCUUUGUUCAAGCUGAUUCAGUCGUACAUGGGAGAUCGGAAAAGUAAAGUUAAUCCUGAACAAAUUGCGCUGUCGUUUUGUGAGUUGGCUGUGAAGAAACUAGAGAUUGGAGACGAGGCGAUCGCUCUUUUAAUUCAACAGUUGUCCGAUAACGACAGGCCCGACAGCUUACGGUAAGAACUUAUUCUUCUCGUUCAACCUAACAAUUAGUUUUGCAGAAAAGGAUGGGAACUGCUGACUAUCGUUCUCGCUUACAUCUUUCCGACUGAAAACAUCAGUGAAAAGUUGAACGAGUUUCUCAGCAAACAUCUCGAUCCUAUCUUUGAUCUUCCCGAAGUAUCCACUUCAUAUUUCUCCCAGCAGUGCAUGAAAAGGUUGAGCAAAGUGAUAGCUCGACUGAAACCUACAAUAGCAAGCAUUCAAGAAACCAAAGUGCACAUUUUCCGACCUCCAUUGUUUUCUGCAUCUUUGGAAGAGCUCAUGCAAAUGCAAUCUGAGAAAUUCCCAGAGCUCAAGCUUCCGUGGCUACUGACCACUCUAAUAGAGUUACUUUAUCAAUCAGGAGGACGGCGAACUGAAGGAAUAUUCCGGUAGUGUUUUAUUCUAUUAUUCAUUGUUUAUUUUUGAGUAAUUUCAGAGUUGCUGGUGAUCCUGAACAGCUUGCAACAGCUCGUGGUCAACUUGACGGAUGGCUCGCCCCAAAAAUGCACGAUGCCAACGUUCCAGCCUGCCUUCUGAAACUUUGGCUGCGCCAACUUCCCGUCCCGUUAAUUCUUCCCAAUCUUUACCAGCGUGCCCUGUCAGCAGCAGAAAAUGCAGCGGAAGCCGUCCGGAUAGUAGAUUUACUGCCUGACAUCAACCGAUUGGUUCUUGUUCGAGUAAUAGAUCUGCUUCAAGAUUUGAGCAGAGAAGAAGUUGUAGCCAAGACGAAAAUGGACACUUCUAACUUGGCUAUGGUCAUUGCUCCAAACAUUUUGAGGUACACGACAAAUUAGAAAAGUGAUGAACAUUUCUAAUUUUCAGGUGUGAGAGCGAAGAUCCUCGAGUGAUUUUCGAGAACACCCGUCGUGAAAUGAGCUUUAUGAAAAUUUUAAUUCUUAACUAUGAUACCACCUUCAUUCAAAAUGUACUUUAA